UCAGCACAUAUACAUAAGGCCUCUUAUAUUUAAAUAACUCGGCAACUCGCUAUUCUAGAGUCUAGACAAUCAUGGGGGUUUUGGAGGGAUACUACAUGACAGCGUUGUUAGCUCUGCUUUUUUCUUGCAUAAUUGCAAAGCUGUUUUCUGAUGCCCUGUCCAGCGAUGUCAAUAAGACUGCUGAAAGCAGCGGAGUUGUUGCGGCAAAACGAUCAUCUAUCGAUCAUGUGAAGAUGGCCGAUCAAGAUGCAGGACAGGUGCUUGUUAAAAAGUCCCAAAAGGUUGAGCAAUGUUUGGAUGCGAGUGAUGGCGGGUUUGGUGAACAGGACUCAAAGAAUAUUGAAUUUUCAGAGGAUGGGGCUGUUACAGAGAAGGUACGAGCCUCAAAGCUCGAUGCUUUUCGUUCUCAUAUUGAAGGGGAAAGAACCAUGACCGGAGAAACCGGGGUGGUCGGGACUGGAGGUGGAUUCAGAGAAGAUGAUGAGGAUCAAGAUUGGGAAGGAAUUGAGAGAAGUGAGCUGGAGAUGGUGUUUGGCAAGGCAGUUAACUUGGUGGAGUGUGGGGGAGAUGAAGCUCUAUCAAAUCUGGGAACAGAGUUGCAGAUGCAGCUGUAUGGCCUUCAGAAAGUAGCAAUGGAAGGGCCUUGUUUUGAGCCUCAGCCAAUGGUAUUCAGAGUCUCUGCCCGAUCCAAAUGGAAUGCUUGGCAAAGACUGGGAAGCAUGAGCUCAGAGGUGGCUAUGGAGCAAUACGUUAAACUUGUUUCUGAUUCUGUUCCUGAUUGGGAUGGUUGUGUAAGUACUUCAGAAACGGUAAAAGGUGAUGACCCUGGUAACUCGAACUGAAACAGGCAGGUGAAAAGUGAGAUUUGCUAGCAGCAAUGUAGGUGGAAUAAGCAAGAUGGGAAUUGACAGCCAAACGCUUCAUGGUCAUCUGAUCAUCGCUGAUGACUCAAUCUGAAGAUGCGUUUCAAACUUUCACUAAUUGCAAGGCCUUUUGUGUCAGAGUAGUAAAAUUGUUUUAUACGGAGUAGUUCUGAAGUUCAUUACUCCUUGAUGUGUAAUGUUUAUGGUUAUGUAAAACCUUAGAUAUGUGAUGAUGUAAUUUACUUCGUAAUCAUUUAUAGUUGGUUAAUGGAGUAGUUCAGGUGAGUAGGUGACAGAGUUCCAUCCCGAAUUAUUUGGUCCGAUAAUGUUUAUGAGGAAAAGAGAUUCAAAAAACUUUACAAAAACUAGAUUAUGUAUUUUUUACUCCAAGAAAAA